UAAUCAGUUGAUCACGUUUUAAAACUUAUAACGUUUUAUGAUAAAGCGAUAUUUUAUUAUAUCAGUUGGAUUUGCUAAUUAUAAAAGACUUAGAUCAUGCGAAGUCAUAUUUUAUGUCAAUAAUGUAUUCUUGAUAAUUAUUCUUUAUUCUUCGCUCAAAUACCCGUCUUUUCUCUUCUCGGCAGCAUUCAGAAAAAACAGUUCGAGAGGAGAUAUUCUUUUCUUUAAGAAUAAAAAUGUUCUUGUUUACUUAUAUAAUUUUUGUACAUUUAUGGUUCGUUUGCAUCAAAGGCGACGAUUGCUAUGUACCUGAAUCAAGUGGUGUAAAUAAUGAUGUCAUACAUUCACAAGAACAGAUGACAAAAAGUGACCCGAAAAAUUUUACUGAUCACCUACAGGAAAAUCUUCAGGAAAUAAGGGUGAAUUAUGAAACUGGGAAACUGCCCGAUUGUGAAAAUAUUUAUUAUUAUCUUUACACUUCAAGGAACCCGAACAUGGCCUUUAAUGUAACCAACUCUUCUAAAUUACUCCAGAAUAGUCUCUUUGACUAUAAGAACCCACUUGUAAUAGUCAUUCAUGGAUAUCAGACUGAACUUAAUUUACGAGAGGGAAUGAUUGCUGCUUUGAAAAAUGCUCUUCUUGGACGCGGUAAUUAUAAUGCACUUUUUGUCGAUUACACAGAAUUAAAUAUGGCACCAUUCCUAGAAGCAAUCAAGAAAAGCUUUCCUGUUGCAAAACAAUUAUCCGACUUCCUGAAAUUUGUAAAGGAUGAAGCUGGUGUAAGUUUUCAGCAAAUGCAUAUAAUUGGCAUAAGCUUAGGUGGACAAAUUGCUGGCAAUACUGGACACAAGCUGCCUGGGAUAGGAAGAAUUACAGCCUUAGAUGCAGCUGGUGAUGUAUUUUAUUCCUUUCCCGAAGAUUUAAAACUAGAUCGAAGCGAUGCCAAUUUUGUGGAUGUCAUACAUACAGCUGACGACUCACCGUUUCCAAAAGGUCUUGGUUACUACUACCCUAUUGGUCACUUAGAUUUCUAUCCAAAUGGAGGAAUGUUUCAACCUGGCUGCGAAUCAGUUCCAACAAAUUCUUCAAUGUCUUCAGAGUUGAAAGAAGCUCUCCAUACUGUCUGUAUGCAUCUUAAAAGUGUAAAGUAUUACAUAGAAUCAAUAUGUGAAAAGAGAUGCCUUUUCGUAGGUGUUAUGUGUGAAAACUACGAAAAAUUCGAAAAAGGAAUGUGCACAGAAUUAAAUUCUGUGACGGCUCUCAUGGGCCAACCUGCAACGAAACCUGUUAUAAAUCUGCCUCAGAAUGAAAUGUUUUUUCUUGAAACCAAUUCUCAAUAUCCUUUCUGUAAACUUUAUCAACCUUAAAAAUUUUGAUGUCUUUUUAUUGUUCAAGUAGACCUUGUUAAGUUGUUUUUUUAUUGUUAAAGUAGGUCUUGUUAAGUUGUCUUUUUAUUGUUAAAGUAUAUUGAAGAA